AUUUGCCCCAUUUCUAUCUUUUUCGGUGUACUUUAGCUCUCGUUGAUCAGAAUCAACUCUCGGCUGAAGAGUACAUGUGUUAAGCAAACACUCCCCGGAGACGGGUCGCGGCAACGGCCCAUGCGAUAAACACUCCCGCGUCAUUGAUUUGGCGAAGUGUGCGAGUGUCGCCCUCCCUCAAGAGAGGCGGAGCUACAACUGGGAGUCGUUCUGGGGUACAGCAACCGAUUUAUGCUCAAAGCCUUGAUAUACAAGUGAAAUAAAAAGCACGAAGACAACUUUGAAAGUGGUGAAAUUGUUUGCCGGGUAUAGUAGAUGUUAAAAAGUAACUUUUCUUUGUGAACAGUUCUGCUGUAUCGUGAAGAUUUGAAAGACAUAAUCCUUAUAAACUGAUUUCUCAACGCAUCUCAUUUUUGUUCUUAUUUGAGAAACGUCGUGAAAGUUCCCCCCAACAGACCCUGUUUAGACCAAGACCGACAUUGCAGCCCCCGAAUGGUGAGUCACCGAGCUGGAACCCUCCAUAAUAGCCUCAAAGGUCACUCGUCGUUUGCAGGUCACUUACUGUCAGAGCACUCGAACUCAUUGGUCGAGACACGCCGCUACUUCUCCACAAUUACUCCACGUCUGCGGACGGAAGGCGAUCAUCUUGUGGUUUGAGCGUCUUGGUGACAUCAAGCUGUGUAAGAAAAAAAUCAGAAGACGUUUGAAGAAACAGUCCGAACACGUGCACGCCGAGGUUUACAUUUGAGCCGUUGUUUUUCUGGCUCUCUGUUUAGAAAUCCACCCUAACAAUACGAAUGUGAGGUAGUUACGUGAUCUCACGGAGUCCGACUGAGACUAGGUGGUGAAGACUCAGGAUGGAAGGAGAUCCGAGGAAAGGACAUGUGGCGUUCUGCAGUAGAUCCGCAACCCAACAGAAAGCUAAGGUGGACCCGAGCUUCAAGUCGAAGCGGUACAGGGACAAGCAUCGUGAGCAGAUCAAGGCCAUGGAGGCGCUGUUACCGGUGGACCGGGCCACCCUGCAGAGGAAACUGGACUCACAGACUGUCUUCCGUCUGGUCAUAGCCUACUUCCGUACCAAGAUCUUCUUCCAAGCUGCUGGAUUUUCCCGCCACGACACAGCAGUGCCACCGACAGACAGAGAAAAUGAUGCCUCAUCCUCACGCGCAGUGGAGGAGAACAAGAGAACCACUCAGGAUGGCGCAGAGGACACGGGCUGUAGUAAAACUGACGUGUACGUGGGAGAGGAGCAUACAAUACAGGUGGAUGUGCCCUGCAUCUCAUUUGUAGUUACGUACACGCAUUACAUGGUGAUCUACACUGAUUGCGGUAGGGUCCUGCUCUCUGUCCGUUCAGCACCAAGGACAGUAUCUAGCUAUGCAUGUAUGAUGUAUUCCCGUACUAUACAAAAACAGGACUCAGACACAGGUACACGGCUUCCUAUGGUGGUGACGUCAGACGGGACGAUCCUGUACGUGUCGUCCAACAUCUCCGCUACCAUCGGUUUCAGUCAGGUGGACCUUCUGCACCGUUGCAUCUACGGGAUUGUCCAUCCCGAUGACCACCACGACUUGAAGUCAGUGCUGGAGCAGAGGUUUACAGCUUGUAGUACCGCUGACAAAAAGCCAGAGGGCGUACUUGACCAACGACCAACUUCCACAGAGAAGUCAUCGGUGAAACAAGGGACCUCGUCCUCAUCCGAUGCACAAAGUGAUGUUCAAGACCAUCCUACAGCGGACGCGGUGGAGGCAGACAACAGCAAAGAAGUGUCCUUUCUCUGCAGAUUGAAGUGCUUCAAUGGGACCAGCACCGGUUAUGUUAAGGUACACUGCACGGGGAGGAUGCGAUCAUUCCCGGAGAAGGUGAAACCGACCAGUCGGACGUCUGCGCAGAUCGCCUUCGUGGUGUGCCGUCCGUACGUCCUCCUGACCACCGACCCCUGUGGAGACACGCGGCAGAAUGCCUUCUGGUCCAAACAUGACAUCGACUUCAAAAUUAAAGCCUUGCACGACAGAGUUUCAGAGAUCCUGGAGUACGAUCCAGGGGAGCUGGAGGGAACGUCAUUCUACAGCCUAGUCCAUCCUGACGAUCUGGCGACUUGCUACGAGUGUCAUAAGUCACUUCUUGACAACAGUGAUGUACAGUCGAUGUAUUUCCGAGCCCUGAAGAAAGAUCAUGCCGCAGUCUGGCUACACUCCCGAGGAAAAGUCGUUCUGAAAAACUCCAGGAAAUCCAUCGUGUUUUCCCACUGCCCCGGAGGAGGACUUCUGUUUUCUCCCCAGGGAGCUUUACUGCGCAGGCGCUACGGAACCGAGGAUCUACUGCGCGCGAUGCAUGCCGGGACAGCCCUCCAGUACCCGUAUGAGGCCAUGCCUGCAGACGACAUCGACUACUCACCCUGCGGGCACUCUAGCGGGAAAUCCCUCAGGCGACGUCGCUGCACCCCUGGUGAUGUGUACGGCGGCCUGAAGGACGAGUUCUCGGUAUCAUUGCACAGCCCGCACGGCGCAUGCCCAUCGAGCAUGCACUCCGGCUCUGACAGGGACUCCUCGUCCCCUGCGUCGAACCCCUCCUCUCGCAAACGACCCCGCAAAGACAGCCGGCGCUGCGACGACGUCCCCAGUAUGAACACAAACCAAUAUUUUGCAAACACCUACCCCCACGUCUUUCCCUUCUAUUAUCCCAUGACGGACGGCUACAUCCACAGAGUUGGAAACCCUGAGCAAACUGAUAAGAAUUCAUAUCCAAGAGUAGGCCAUGGUUGGGAACAUGUCAAUCGCUUGGUUGGUAACCCGUAUUGCGACUUCAGUUCGUCAGAAUUUCACAACCCAUUACCCUCACCCCCGCCAUCACCGAGACCCGUGUGGAACGGAACCCACCAAGGUGGUCCUGCCAUGUCAAAUUCAGCUCAGAACUAUUACUCCGCGCACACAGCCAGUUACCCUACAUACGGCAAUGGCAUCUGUCAUUCGCCUGCGUCAAGUGUGUACACGGGACAGCCGUUCGGGUCAUGCCAGGCCUACCAGCCAGUUCAGGACGACAGGUGGCGGCGCAAUGGGUGCUGGACACCCCAGACCGUCAUGCCAUCCACACCUCCUAACCCUCUCUACAAGCACACGGACAUGCCCAGCUCAACUGUGCACUAUCUGUCUAGAAACAACCAAGCGCCUUGCAGUAGCACCGUUACAUCGAGCAAUCAAGAUUCCCUAACGGAUCCUGAACGCGCAGGCGCCACAACGUGGUACGACUGUAUCAGCCAGGUUUCCCCUCAGAUGGAAGAAACGUCCAACAUGCAGGAGUUACAGCCCGGCACUUCAUCGUGUAUGUACGAAGGGAAAGGGUAUACUCCAAAGGACCACGUGGCGACGGUGUCCUACCCAAAAUGGACAGCAGAAGCAACAUGUCGUCAAAGUGACUUUUCAUCAGAUGGCAACAUGGCCGUCACAACAAAGCAUGCGCAGUACGACUCGCAGUAUUUUGGCCUGAGGGAGAUGGACAUGCGUGUGCCGACAGCGGGGGGCUUCCUCGGCUACCUGUACAGCUGA